AUGUUACCUACGUCUUCUUCUUCGACUACAGCAGGAAAUACUACCGACGAUUGCGCGAUAUGUCUUAGUGCUCUUGCACGUGGCACUCCUCUAUUGACAUUGUCUUGCAAUCAUAAAUUUCAUUUGCAAUGUUUAGCAUCCAAUAUCAAAGCAACAAAUAAAGAAUGUCCACUAUGUCGAGCUACCAUUGAGGAGUCUAUUGUUCAGUUACUAGCAGGCUCUACUGGACCUGCACCGCAACUACUACAACAACCGCGCAUAGCGCAAAAUCAAUUACCACCAAUUAUUGUUGUCCCUUCGGUUGAAGAUCCAGUCGAUGAAAAUGUUGUACAAGCCCAUUGGGAUCGUCUCUCGUCUGCUCGUCAAAUUGCUUCAACUUCACGCAAUGCUACUGGCAAUCCUUCAUUAAUAACUACAUCAACGACAUUCGAAUAUCGAGCUCGACUUUCGCAUGAAGAAUCGAAUAUUUUCGGUCUUGUCACUUUACAAGCACCAGACAGCGUCUCAUCAACAGAACUCGAUACUUUAUUGUCGUCUCGUGUUCCAAUAGAUCUAGUCUGCGUUGUCGAUCAAAGUUCAUCUAUGUCAGGUGACAAGAUAACUUUAUUGAAACAAACCUUAGUCUACAUUGUCGAACAAAUGAACGAAUUUGAUCGUCUAGCGAUCAUUUCAUUCAGUACACAGGCAUUUGAUCGUUCACAUGGUCUCAAAAGAAUGAAUCAACUAAACAAACAAAUCUUGACUCAUGCUAUCAAUACUGACAUUAUUAGCCGAGGUGGUACGUAUAUUGGAAGUGGCUUGCAGAUGGGCAUACGUUUAUUGGCUGAUCGUCAAACAAAAAAUUCGUUGAGCGCUAUAUUUCUGUUGACGGAUGGUCAAGAUAAUCACUGUCAUGAUUACACAGAGUUGAUGGAAACUUUACCCAACGUUGUUCAAUGUCAUACGUUCGGUUACGGGCCGGAUCAUACUGCAUCAUUACUAGUGCGGUUAGCCGAACAAGGCAAUGGUGGUACAUUCACUUAUAUCGAUCAAGAACAAGCAAUAGGUCCUGCCUUUGCAAUGGGUCUGGGUGGUUUAUUUACAUGUGUUGCGCAGCAAGUUCGCAUUAAUAUGGAAUUCAUUGGUGACUAUAAGAUCACUCAUUUUCAUGGAAAAUAUAAAUAUGAACCUCAACAAUUACCGUCAACAAAACUUACUAUUUAUUUACAUGAUUUGAAUGCAGAAGAAAAGCGAAAUCUUGUUUUUCAGUUACAUAUACCUAAACUAAAAAAUAAAGAACAAAGUAUCGAAACGGAUAGUCAACAGCCAAUGUCAUUGACUCGAUCUUCUGAAGAAAUUCAACUAUUUGAAAAUCAAAUCAUUGGUAAUGUGACAGUGACAUACAUAGAUCUAAAUACUGGUCUUAAAAUCACCACAGAUCCAGUUUCUUUCAAUUUAGUUCGGCGUUCUCAUCUCGGAUAUGAUCUUCUUCAAGUCAAUAGUGUGCUUGAUAUUCAACGAAAUCGAGUAGAAACUACACGUGCGCUUGAGCAAGCCAUGGCCGAACAUGAUUAUCGACAAUCGCGUGCUAUUCUACAAGCUCAAGUCGACAAGAUCAAGGCUAGUGUAUCUGCGAACGAUCCAUUCUGUCAAAAUCUAAUUAAAGAUCUUGAAUAUCGCUAUCCAACAGAAAGUGCCUAUCGAUCAUCACAAUACAAUACUUAUAUAUGCCAUACGAUGGAGCGAGGUACAUAUACGUCGCCAACUAAUAUAAGCUCACUUCAAUAUGCUAAUCAGCGCCAAGUUAAAAUGGCUUUUGAUGUCAAAAAUAGGAAAACUUAA